UGUGACGUCGCGUGAUUGGCGUGCGCCGUUGGCCCGCGCCCCGCCCGCUUGGGAGGCGGGGGCGGGAGAGCGGCGGGGUUGGCUGUUUGAGGGCGCCGCGGGACGAGGAAGCGGUGGAGGCGACGGCGGCGGCGGAGGGGGCUGGGAAGAUACUACUGACGUGAGAAGAGGAGGGGGGCGGAUACGAUAUUCGGCUAUCCCUCAACACCCCCCACUCCGCCCUGUGGAAGAUCCGGUUUUUAUUUACCUUGGGUUCGUUACCACCAUGGGAGAGAUUAAAAUCUCUCCUGACUAUAACUGGUUCAGAAGUACAGUUCCUCUAAAAAAGAUUAUAGUAGAUGACGAUGACAGUAAAGUUUGGUCGCUCUAUGAUGCAGGACCCCGUAAUAUUCGGUGCCCCCUUAUAUUUCUCCCACCUGUCAGUGGAACGGCUGAUGUUUUCUUCCAGCAGAUUUUAGCUUUGUCUGGAUGGGGUUACAGAGUCAUUGCUCUGCAGUAUCCAGUUUACUGGGAAAUUUUUGAGUUCUGCGAUGGAUUCAGAAAACUAUUAGACCAUCUACAGCUGGAUAAAGUUCACGUCUUUGGUGCUUCUUUGGGGGGCUUCCUUGCUCAGAAAUUUGCUGAAUACACUCACAAGUCUCCCAGAGUCCAGUCUCUGAUUCUGUGCAAUGCUUUCAGCGACACCUCCAUUUUCAACCAGACAUGGACAGCAAACAGCUUUUGGCUAAUGCCUGCCUUCAUGCUGAAGAAAAUUGUCCUUGGGAAUUUUGCAUCUGGUCCUGUAGAUACCGAAAUGGCUGAUGGCAUUGAUUUCAUGGUUGAUAGGCUGGAAAGCCUGGGUCAGAGUGAGCUCGCUUCAAGACUUACCCUCAACUGCCAGAAUUCCUACGUGGAACCUCAUAAAAUCAGAGACAUUCCUGUGACUAUCAUGGAUGUGUUUGACCAGAGUGCUCUUUCCACCGAAGCAAAAGAAGAGAUGUAUAAGCUGUAUCCCAAUGCUAGGAGAGCUCACCUCAAGACAGGGGGCAAUUUCCCAUAUCUUUGCAGGAGUGCCGAAGUAAACCUCUACGUCCAAAUCCACCUACUUCAAUUCCACGGUACUAGAUAUGCCGCAAUUGACCCUUCCAUGGUCAGUGCAGAAGAACUUGAAGUCCAGAAAGCCAAUCUCCAAGCCAGCAGUGAGCAAGAGCAGCAGCAGCAGCAGCAGUCAUAGUCCUUGGGACUCAUGGAAUCUCUUCAUCCAGAGGGUCUUAUCCUUUUCUUCUUCUUUUGGAAGUCUUCCCAUCCAAUCGCAUCUUUUUCAGUUUGCCUUGAUUCUUUAGUACUUAACCGGUUAGAACUGUGUCCUUUAAAAUAGGUUGGACUGAUUUCAUUAAAUGAAAUGCAACUACGGACACUCUGUCACAUCACUGUUUAAAUGAGCUGAAUACAGAUUAUUAAAAAAAAAAAGAGUUAAGGGUAUCACUUUGGAUGACUUGUUUUAGAAACAACAGUCUGAGAUGAACUUUUGCUACCAAAGCCUUCACGAUUGUGUUCUUAAAGAGGAUAAUCUUAUAUAUCCAUGCAGAGAGGGGGAUGUAUGUAUUAUGAGCGAAUUAUGUAUGUGUGCAAGUUCACUUACAAUUCAUAGGAUAUUUAGUUUAAAAAACUCUGUUGAAGUGCCAAUAUUGCUAUUAUUAUUAUUUUUCUUUUUAUAUGGUUGCCAGUUAAUGCUUUAAUUUGAGAUUAUAACGCAUUUGUUUUUU